CCUAUAGGCGCGGGAGGGCAGAGUCUGCGAGAGAGGAAAGACGAAGAAAAAACAAAAGAAUGGUGAUGCUGUGUUUUGUCCUGGAUCUGCCGAGCCUGUCACCUCCAUUACUUAGAGACCUGAAACAGUCAUUAUUGCACCUUGCGAAUUUCUAUGCGAUCUCAUCCAGGCGAAGUGAGCGCCGGCAAUCGCAGUCGCUCGCGGAUGGGAUAGGAUUGUGCUACGUCCUCUUUAAUCGAAUCUCUGGUUCUGAUGAGCUGAAGAUCGCUUACACUCCAAGAGGAAAUUUCAGUAUACGGGAUUUCCAUCACGCCGUUGACAGCCUCCCUUCUGAUGCCUUUUCCCCCCAGUUCAACCAUUCUGCGACUCUCUGCUCCCGUGAUGUAAAACUUUCAAGCAUUUUGAGUGACGAAGUCUUAUACUUGUGGGGAGGAAAAGAUAUUAUGAGAAAAGUGAUUUUCCUCAGCUCCUGCUUAGUUGAAAAGAUGGACUCUGACGCGCGCAAAAGUCUCAUGGAUGCAGCUGAUAAAUGUGUUACAGUGGAGUUUGUGCUGUUGGAGCAGAAGUCAAGCCAUAUUGGUGAUGUCCUAGAUGGUGUAAACAAUUUUAUCAAGCACAUUUCUGAUCUUGAGAAUUGCUCAUUUCAAAUAUGUCUUCCAGAUGUACGGGUAAUGUCUGGCUUGGUAAGACAGUGGCUACUUGAGCUGAAGGAGGACAUGGAAGAUCCAGUGCAGGCUCAUUUUAUCUUUAAAGCUAACAUUAUAGGCUCUGUGAACCAGAUAUCCUGCAGCUUGAGUAGAUCUGUUAAUCAUGUAAUUGAUGGAUUCAGUCCCUGUAAGGAAACCAGGGCAAAGGAGCGGAGCGAGCUUCGAGGUAGAGGAGGUUUUAGUACUACGCUAGUUGCAGGGUGUCAUGGCGUUCCGCUAGAUGAUGUCACGAAAAAGAGCAAGGGGUCUCCUUCUUGUCCUGUCACAGGUCGUGGUCUGGGAACAUUUGAUUUGAUUGAAAAUUCUGUUAAGAUUGGAGAACAAUCAAUCCUCUUUCUGCCCUCUUUCCAGAGCUGUAUGAAGCUCCAGCAAUUUUAUUCAUCCAUUUCCUUUAAUAUUAUUGAGAGGAUUAAUCUGAGCUCUCUAAGUGAAGGUGUCCUUAUUGGGACUUCCCAUUUUGUAACUCCAUCAGAUUAUCAUGAGAUAGAGGCCUCUUUCGAUGAAAUUGACAAGUUCGAGUUAAAUACUCAACUUUUCAAAGGGCUCUGUUGUGCACUACAUUCCCUGGACCAAGGGUUGAUAUGCUCCUCAAAUUGUAAUGUAGAAACUAUGAUGGAUGCCCCCUUUCACUGUUAUUAUGUUCUUCAGCCUUCAGACAAAGGCCUAUUGCUUCUUAGGCGGCUUGCAGGAUCAGAGGAAUUCUUACCUGUUCCCAACAUUAAUCAUAUAACUGAUACUACGGUAACCAAGGAGAUUGAGGAGUCAGUUCAAGCCUCUUUACUGAUGAUGGAAUUGAGAGAUUACAAUCCGCUUCUGCAUGAGAGAGGCUUCCAUCAAAAGCUAGACUUAUUGGUGAAAAAUAGCCUGCAGUUCAGGUCAUUGCCUUACAAAGAGACAACCUUGGAGUUGAACUCACCCCAACCCCAACCAGACUCUUUCGAAGUGUCUGUGCUGUCAAAGUCGGCAAUAGAUCUUGUUGUCAAAGAAGAUGAAAUCACACAAUUGGAACACGCAGCCAAAGAAAACAGGCCUACUGAACGGAUCACAGAAGAAUGGGAGCAGUUAGUGGUCCCCAAGAUACAUUCUCCCAACUGUGAUUUGAAACCCAAGUUGGAGCAAUUGGUUCUAUCACCACCAGAUGGUAAUAAGAAGCUAGGUGUGAAAACUUCAAGGAUAUUGGAGAGGCUGGAGGCACCACUGAGACAACUGAAACCGAAGUUAGCUUCGCCCCUCGUCACAAGCAGCAGUGUCACCACAGAUGCAAGCAUGCUAACAAAGAAGCCCUCCGUCCCAUUCCAGCCCAUUCAUAUUCAUGUGGAAGACCAGGGCCCUACUAUUCCUAGUAGCCAGCCAAUGAAACCCAAUUUCCGGAUGCUGAAAAGGAAACGCAUAUCAUAGAGCUUGGAGGUGUUUUGUUAGAAAGGUCCAGUAAUAGAUUGGAUUGCUUUGCAAGAAAUGCUUACAUGCUAUGGGGAUCGUGCCACUUCUAUUGAAAUUAUGUCGCUGUUGUCGGACUAUACAAGGAUGCAUGAUGCAGUUUGGUUUUAAUAGAGGUGAUUGCUAGUCCUAUGGUACCUAAGCUUUUCUUUGUUCCUGCAUUAAACAUUUUCAGCAUUUCUGUGCAAUGUUGUAUGCAUAUGACUUACAUAAACCUUGCCCCUUGUUAUUUUAAUGUAGUCUUAAGAACACUUGUCUAGUCUGGAAACAUACAGUAAGGAACCAAUUGUGUUUCUGCAGAUGGAGCAAA